GACUGGCCGAGUUCAACUGAGGAGCAAAGGUAAGUUAUAAAUCACCAUUUGAUCACUAGUACAGAUGAAGACAAGCUUUGCAUAAAGAUUCUUCACUGGUUUAGGAGACAAAUAUUCAGAGAGCUCGAACCGAAGCAGGACAGCGAUUUGAGAUGUUGCCUGAUAAAGAUGGACCGAGUGGAGGUGGAGUUGUCCAGGACAGCACUGGAAAAGAAGACCCUUCAGUGACUCUGUUCAGAGAAUAUCUACAACUCAAGACCGUCCACCCAGAACCGGACUACGAUGCUGCUUUAAGAUUCCUGGACCAGAUUGCAGAGGAGCUGGGUUUACCCAUCAAGAAAGUGGAGGUGUGUCCCGGUCGUGUUGUUGCCAUCAUGUCGUGGGUCGGCACCAGGCCAGAGCUGAGGUCCAUUGUGCUCAACUCACACACUGAUGUGGUUCCAGUGUAUGAGGAACACUGGAAAUAUGAUCCGUUCGCUGCUGUUAAAGACUCGGAUGGCAACAUCUACGCUAGAGGAACUCAGGAUAUGAAAUGUGUGACAAUACAGUACAUUGAAGCGAUUCGGAGACUGAAGGCAGCUGGGAAGAGGUUUCCGCGCACUAUUCAUUUAACGUUUGUCCCAGAUGAGGAGGUCGGUGGUCAAAAAGGAAUGGAAACAUUUGUGAAGCACCCUGAAUUUCAGAAGCUCAACAUCGGUUUUGCCCUUGAUGAAGGUUUGGCAAACCCCACCAAUGCCUUUACUGUCUUCUAUGGAGAGAAAAACCCCUGGUGGAUCACAGUUCGCUGUCCAGGAAGUCCAGGUCAUGGCUCCAGGUUUGUGGAGAACACCGCAGCAGAGAAACUACGACGAGUUAUAAACUCAUUCCUGGAGUUCAGAGAGAAAGAGAAACUUCGGCUGAACACCAGUGAGUGUUUUACACUUGGUGAUGUCACCACUGUUAACAUGACAAUGGUGAAAGGGGGCGUGGCUUACAAUGUCAUUCCAGCAGAAAUGGAUGUGAGCUUUGAUUUGAGAAUCCCGCCCACUGUCAACCUACAGGAGUUUGAAGAGCAGAUAAAAGCCUGGUGUAAAGAAGCUGGUGAGGAUGUGACGUAUCAGUUUGCGCAGAAACACAUGGAUCAGAAUAUGACGUCCACAGAGGAGAGUGACCCCUGGUGGCACGCGUUCAGCUCUACCUGCAAAGCCAUGGAUAUGACUCUGACCAAGGAAAUCUUCCCUGCCGCAACCGACAGUCGCUUCAUCAGGGAAGUGGGUCUUCCUGCCAUUGGUUUCUCUCCUAUGAACUGCACCCCCAUCCUGCUUCACGAUCACAAUGAGUACCUAAAUGAGCAGGUGUUCCUGAAGGGCAUCCAAGUGUACGAGAGACUUGUGCCCGCCCUCGCCAGCGUGCCACCUCUAAGCGGAGAAGUGUAGAUGCACUCACUCCUUCUCUCUUUUAAUCAAUCUCUCACACAGCUGCUUUUCCUUGCGAUUCUAAGUAUGGUGCUGAUUUCGCACAUAUCAAAUAAUGUAUCCGCCAUAACACCAAAGACUGGGCAGACCCCAUGAAAGGAAGAUCAUGUUGCGUUUGCUUUAAUAAACUCAGGAGUUCCUUUUUUUUUUUUUUCAGUAAUGUCUUCACAAUGUCCUAGAGAUGCUUUUAAAGUCUUAAUUGUCACAAAUUUAUAUAAACAUAGUUGUUUUAAUCACUUCAGAUUUUUUUAAAUUAAAUGUAUAGAUGAUUUCCGAGACUUGACUAAACUGUAUAUCUGUCUGCCUUAGAUGCAUUAUGUAUUUUAAUACAAAUUGUUUUAAUGCAAACUAGUUAUACUGUAUACUGAAAAUGUGUUUGCGGAUAAGUCAUUGUAUUGUGCAUCAAAUUUCAUGAUUUCAUUUCAGAGGACGUCCCACAUCUCAUACGCAAUAAAAUUGCUUAAUUUAGA